AUGAUCACUCAUAAAGUUGGCACUCCCUAUCAUCCCUAUACUAGUGAUCAAGUAGAGGUUUCUACUAGGGAGGUUAGAAACAUCCUCGAGAAAGUUGUGAGGCCCAAUAGGAAAGAUUGGUCCACUAGGUUGGUUGAUGUACUUUGGGCCUAUCGCACUACAUAUAAGACACCCAUCGAGAUGUCUCCAUAUAGGAUUGUGUUCGGAAAACCGUGCCAUUUCCUUGUUGAGUUAGAACACCAGGCUUUGUGGGCCAUUAAGAAGUUUAAUUUUGAUAUGGCAAAGGCCGGUGACCACCAGAAACUCCAACUUAAUAAGUUAGAGGAGCUCCGCAAUGAUGCAUAUGAGAGCUCAAAAAUUUACAAGGCUAGAACUAAGGCAUUUCACGAUAAACACAUUUCUUUUGUGUUGGUUGUAUUAUUUUGUGCAAAUAUGUCUACAUCAUUCCGUCGAGCACCCAAAUGGCCUCACAAUGCUAACAUUACACUUAAGGAUGUGCCAACCGCCAUCUGGGUCGACAAACAAAUUGCCCGUGACACACCAUUUGAUGUGGACUUCUUCCAUCGCCACCAACCAACUACGUGGAGUGUCCAACAACUUGAAGACCGGGGCUUCUUGGGCAUCUACACCGUCACUGAAUCGGCGUAUCUUUGCAUUGUGCAAGUUUUUUAUCAGAACAUGUACAUCAGUGAUGAGGCCCCGGGAGCUCUUUUGUCCGUUGUUAACGGGGUGGAGUUAGUGGUCACACCAGCUUCCAUUGCCGAUGUUUUUCACUGUUCCAUGGACACUAUCAAUGAAGAGCAGUUCUUGGUGUUCACUCGGGAACUCACAGUCCCAACACUUGUGAUCGAAUUUUAUGAGAGGCAGCAGGAUAAUAACAAUUGA